AUGCCCAUGUACCAGGAGCACGAGCUAAGUGGGAGAUCCGCUCCGGAGGGGUCCGCAGGGACGGCGGCCUGGAGCCCGCCGCGCCGCCGCGCCGGCCUCGCGCUGGAGAUCGGGCUCCUGCUGAGCCAGGAGCAGCCGGAAACUUGCGCGCAGCUUGAUGAACGACUGCAUGGCAGUGUACACACGGGGCAGGCCGGCCAGCGCGGAGAUCAGCCUAGCUGCGAUGAACAUAGGGGGCAUGGGCUAGAGCCGGAGGGAUGCGGAGAAGCGUUGAGACCCCUUGGAGGAUACAGCUCUCAGGCGCUGCUGAUGGAUGUGCGUGAGGGCAGCCAGCUGCCAGGGUGCAGGCUGCUUGCAGAAGAGGACCACACGGGGAGGAACCGAGGGGCCUUUGGACAACAGCCAGUAAGGAACCAAGGCCCUCACGCCGGUAGCUGCGAAGCACGGAGUCCUCAUAAUAACCUCGCAAGCAAAUCUCCGGUCCAGCCUGUGCCGAGCCCCCGGCUCCAUGGACACAUUGAUUUCAGACUCAUCAAAGACCUUGAAACAGGAGACCCAGGGAAGCCAACAGUUGUUUCCCUGUACACAAAAACUCUCAGAUAAGUUUAUUUUGUGUGAAGCAACUAAAUUCUGGGGUAAUUUAUGUUGUAAUAGACAAAGAAGUUCAUCUUUUUUCCCCCUCACAGCUGUCCCAUGAAAGAAGAGGCUGUGCAUCUAAUGACAUCUUGGUAUCUGCUUUGUGCAGGACUCACUCUAGUGCAGCUCCCUGUACAGACAUGAAAACUGAGACUAAUACAACGAUUCUGUGUGUUUGU